AUGAAUUUCGACCAGAUUCUCUCUGCCAUCGGAGGCUUUGGCAAGUAUCAGAAAAUCUUGUACGUAUGGAUUUGUUUGCCCCAGAUCCUCCUCGCCUUCCACAUGAUGGUGAGCAUCUUCACCGGAUCCACGCCGCCCUACCAGUGCCGAGAGAGCUCCAUCUCAGUGGCCGGGAAUCAGUCCUCUUUCCCCGCAACGCUCAGUCGGAACUUCAGCCUCUCUGAUUCCUCCUGCUUCUCCUCAGACGUCCUGCUGCAGGGAAACCGGACCGAGCGGGUCCCAUGUGGCCACGGAUGGGUGUACAGCAAGGAGACUUUCCAGAGUACAACAGUCACAGAGUGGGACCUGGUGUGUGACAAAGCUGGACUGAACAGUCUGGGUUCGUCCGUCUACAUGCUCGGCCUGUUGGUGGGGUCGCUGCUGUUUGGGGCGAUGGCCGACAGGUAUGGCCGACGUUUCAUCCUGCUGCUGUCCAUCGCCCUCCAGACUGUGUUCGGAGUCGCCGUGGCCUUCGCACCCAACUUCCCCGUCUAUGUGAUUCUUCGCUUUUUAGUCGGCACCACGAUAUCCGGAGUCAUCAUCAAUGCCUUUGUACUGGGCACCGAGUGGACCUGCACCAAGAGGCGCAUGCUAGCCGGUAUCUUCACCGACUAUGCGUUUGGUCUUGGCUACAUGCUGCUAGCAGGCAUAGCGUACUUGAUACGAGACUGGAGAAAGUUGCAGUUGGCCAUAUCGGCCCCAGGGUUCCUGCUCAUCUUCUAUAUAUGGGUGCUUCCUCAGUCCGCCAGAUGGUUGUUGGCCAACGACAGGGGGGAGGAAGCCAUCGCACUCCUCCGCAAGGCCGCACUCGUCAACGGACGCAUCUUAUCUCCUGCUGUACAAGUUGAGAAGUGUCAGAUUUCAGGUGGAGGGAAGAGAAGUUAUUCAGCUGUGGAUCUCGUACGAACACCUCAGAUGAGAAAGAGGUCCAUCAUCUUGUUCUACAUCUGGUUUGUGAAUGUGCUGGUGUAUUACGGCCUCUCUCUGGGCGUGUCCAGGUUAGGCACAAACCUCUACCUGACCCAGUUUGUCUUCGGGUUGAUUGAGAUUCCGGCUCGUUCUCUGGUCCUGCUCGUCUUACCCUACAGUCGCCGACUCUCCCAAAGCGGAUUUCUGGCUGUGGGAGGGCUCGCCUGUCUGCUCAUGCUCGUUGUCCCUGCUGAUCAUCCUAAUGUCCUGACUGGUCUUGCUAUGGUUGGGAAGUUUGGCAUAACAGCUUCCUUUGCUGUAAUCUAUGUGUACACCGCUGAGAUAUUCCCCACUGUGCUCCGGCAAACAGGAAUAGGUGUAUCCUGUAUGUUUGCGAGGGUGGGCGGCGUGUUAGCUCCCGUUAUAAACAUGUUUCACGACCACAGCCCCAACACACCUCUGGCCAUCUUCGGUGUCUCCCCGCUGCUGGGGGCUGUCCUGGCCCUGGCACUGCCCGAAACUGCCGACAGACCUCUUCCUGACACGGUGGAGGAUGCAGAAAACUGGGACACGAGGUCGCCUCUCGACAAGGAGAACCCUGAGAUGUCUGGGGAUGUGAGCCAAUCAGCAAGUAGCACAGAGGAGCAGGAGCUACGACAUCUGGCAAGCCAGGCCUAA